UUGCUAGUUGCCACUCUUUCUCUGUUCUGAAACAAAAAUGUGGACUCUGGUUGGGUUGAGUUUAGUAGCUUUACUAGUCAUAUAUUUUACUCACUGGAUUAUCAAAUGGAGGAACCCAAAAUGCAAUGGGGUUCUGCCUCCAGGUUCCAUGGGGUUGCCUCUCAUUGGAGAGACUCUCAAUUUGAUCAUUCCCAGCUACUCACUUGAUCUUCACCCCUUCAUUAAGAAGAGACUUCAAAGAUAUGGACCAAUAUUUCGGACUAGUUUGGCGGGUAGACCGGUUGUAGUCACAGCUGAUCCUGAGUUCAAUAACUACUUAUUUCAGCAAGAAGGGAGGAUGGUGGAGCUGUGGUACUUGGACACGUUUUCGAAGAUCUUCGUCCAUGAAGGUGAAUCUAAGACGAACGCAGUUGGUAUGGUUCACAAGUAUGUAAGGAGCACUUUCUUGAAUCACUUUGGUGCUGAGAGGCUUAAGGAGAAGCUGCUCCCUCAAAUAGAAGAAUUCGUCAACAAAAGUCUAUGUGCCUGGUCAAGUAAGGCCUCUGUUGAAGUGAAGCAUGCAGGCUCAGUUAUGGUUUUUAAUUUUAGCGCGAAGCAGAUGAUCAGUUAUGAUGCAGAAAAAUCAUCUGAUGACCUGAGUGAGAAAUAUACUAAAAUCAUAGACGGUCUUAUGUCCUUUCCCUUGAACAUCCCUGGUACAGCCUACUAUAAUUGUUCGAAGCACCAAAAGAACGUAACAACCAUGUUGAGGGAUAUGCUAAAGGAGAGACGGAUUUCACCUGAGACGCGGAGAGGAGAUUUCCUUGAUCAAAUCAGCAUUGACAUGGAAAAGGAGAAAUUUUUGUCAGAGGAUUUUUCAGUUCAGCUGGUAUUUGGGGGCUUGUUUGCCACCUUUGAGUCUAUUUCUGCAAUAAUAGCAUUAGCUUUCAGCUUACUGGCAGAGCAUCCUUCAGUUGUAGAAGAGUUGACGGCUGAGCAUGAGGCAAUUCUCAAAAACAGGGAAAAUCCAAAUUCCUCACUCACAUGGGACGAAUAUAAAUCCAUGACUUUUACUCUUCAGGUUAUCAAUGAAAUUCUUAGGCUGGGAAAUGUUGCCCCUGGCUUAUUACGUAGAGCUUUGAAAGAUAUCCCAGUAAAGGGAUUUACAAUUCCAGAAGGCUGGACCAUUAUGGUUGUCACCUCUGCACUUCAGUUAAGUCCCAACACAUUCGAGGAUCCCCUCGAGUUCAAUCCAUGGCGUUGGAAGGACCUUGACUCAUAUGCUGUGUCCAAGAACUUCAUGCCUUUUGGUGGAGGAAUGAGGCAAUGUGCAGGGGCAGAGUAUAGUAGGGUUUUCUUGGCCACCUUUCUCCAUGUCUUGGUCACCAAAUAUAGGUGGACAACAAUCAAAGCGGCACGCAUUGCUCGAAACCCUAUUUUAGGAUUUGGGGAUGGAAUUCACAUAAAGUUCGAGGAGAAGAAAACCUGAGAUGAAUAUUGAUCAACACUUAGUGCUACCUAUAUAUAAUCAAAUUGAGUGUUUCAUGUUUUUUUUUUGAUUCAGUGUUUCAUGUUAUUAACAACAAAAACAUACACAAGGGGGUGUAGCUCAAGUGGUGAAGAGCAUUUACUCCUGCAUUCAAAGUCUUAGAUUUCAAAUCCUCCUA